AUGAAGAGGAGGCGUCAUGAAAGGACUGAACUUCCUAUGAGGCUGACCAGCUGCAUUUUCAAGAGGCCCGUCACAAGGAUAACUUCCCAUCCUGGCGAUGAGGUCUGGCGCAAGCGGCAGGAGAAGACCUUGGAGAGGCCCCGACAAGUCUGUGCAUACAGGAGACUGCAGGGACUCCAGGCCUGCGGCAGUGAAGGAGAGCCUUUGAGUGCAUUGAAUGUCAUGAAUACCGUGAAUACAAGUGCACUGAAAAGUGCAGGUGAAUCCCUGGGCCUCGCUCGUCCUGGGCCUCUACACACCAGCCCCAAGCCCACCACAGCGUGGUCUUCAGAUUGGGCAGAGAUGAUCCCAGGAGCCGGUCUCUGUGUCCCACAGCUUCUCUGCAGACAACCAGUUACCCGUACAAGUAUCCGGAGACAGACUCUGAAAGUGAAAAAAGCCAGGGAGAGACUGGCUGUGGCCUUGAGGGCAGACAGGCUGGCCAGGGAGGCAGAGAGAGCCAGGAGCCGAGAAAGACACUGUGAAAACUGA